AAAAUAAAGAAAUGCCCUAAGCUAUUCCGCCCGCUCCCGUGCUCCACUUUCAUCUUCACGCCGGCUCCCCCUCCCUUUUAGCAGCUCAGUGCCGCCGCCGUCUCUGUUCUACUCGUGCCGCCAUCGCCUCCUUCCUAGCAGUUUGCACUGAUUUUCUACUCUCUUGUUACUGAUUACAGCUUGUUUUGCUUUGAAAUUUUGCCAUGACUUUACUUGAAGUAAUCAAGAAAGCCUCCGCCAUCUCUGAACCGCUUGCUUCCCAGUCUGACUACCCCAUUCUUCUCAAUCCAGACGAUAUUCUUCCCUGUUUGAAAUCCAAAGGUGAUGAACCGGAUCCCAUUUCUCUUGUCAAUCCCGUUACUGGAUGGAAAAUAUCGGAAACUGAUUCAAAUGUGAUUGAUUUGGGCAAAAAGUUCCAUGAGAAUCUUAAGCAGAAGCUCAAAAACCGCAACUUCUCUAAGCCUGAGUUUAUUAACAUUUUUAAUGCGUUUCUUGAGAAAAUGAGGGAAAGGGUUGGAAUUACAGUUGGUGUUAGUUCAUCUGACAAAUCUUACACUAAGGUUUUGAUUGAGAAACUUGGGUUCCUGAUUAGUAAAGACGUUGAAGACUUGGUUUUGGAUACAUGUAUUGCUUUUGAGGAUUGGGAAUUAGUGGAGACUUUUGUUGUCAAUAGGCUCGUUAAACACUCAUCUUAUUCAAAUUUGAUUCUGAAGCUUGUGGCGAAGAAGAGGUCAGAUUUACUCUGUCUUUGUAUCAAGCAAGUAUCAGAUUUUGGUCCUGCUGAUUUACAUUGCACUUUGAAGUACUUUCUUUGCCCUUCCAAAGAUGCUUAUGCAAGUAUGGGCAACGUGAGGAAGGAAUGGGAAGGCCAAGCAUUGCUAGCCAUUGAGAAGGCAAGUGAUAAAAGUCUGAAAGGCAAGAAGUCGAAUCUGGCAAAGGAGGCUGCAAUUCUGCUCAUGAUAGCACAUGAUGGAUUCUCAGCUCAGGAGCUGUGUUUACAUUAUCUGUUGGCAUCGCCUAAUCUUGAUGAAGUAAUUCUUUCAUCUGCCCUCAGUAAGUUGAAUCAUGACGAGAUGAUCAGUUUGAUUCGGUAUCUGGGAAAGUGGCUAAAGAAAUAUGAGAAAUUUCCCCAAGCAGUUCCUUGUCCUAAAGCCUCUACUGUAUUGGGUUUGAAGGCUUGUGAUUGGGUUCCCAAAUUCGACGAUGUCAUCAGAUGUCUCGGUUUGGUGCUGGACGAGAACUUUUCUUCAUUGGUAUUGCAUUCAGAUUUUCACGAGGAGUUGAAAUCCAUGGAGGAAUUGGUUAGUUCUUUUGCCUUGGAGUCGAGACUCUGCUGUUUUGUUGCUAAUGUAGCAGGAAAUUUGAGAACUGAAUUGUAAGGUGCGAGGAUAUUAAAUAUCUUCUAUAUAACACCAUGCCUUUUAUGGUGCAUUUGAGCAGAACUAUAUAGUGACCUUAAAGGCUACUUGAGGUUGUUUUUGUAAACUGCUUUUUCUCAGAUAGGGAAACGAAAAAAAAUAGUUAUUUCUUUCAAAA